GACAUCUCUAGCUCCAAGCUUUAACUUCAACUCCUCAUUGCCUCUCUGCAGACAAUCUCUCUAGUACAGCCAAAACCGUUUCUACAGUCACAAACCAACAAAAACUGUCGGAUCGUGUCUUUCACGACAAUCACAAUGGAGUCGUCGAGCGGUCCUCACCCCUCCUUCGCCAACAACGUUGUGCCAUCUGCACCAUACGUCCGUCGAGCACCCAGCCCGCCAUUCAUUCACAUCCCACCGACAGGACAUUGCGGAGUCUCCGCUGCACCCAUCCUCCUCCCAUCGUACGAACAGGUCGAUUCGAGUCAGCUGACGGCCCACGAUGUCAAGAUCAUCACACAAAACAUGCAGCAGAUGGCGACAGAUCGCGCUGCAGAUUGGUCCUACGAGCAGCGACGUGACGCCCAGAAGCUAGUGGACUUUUUGUACCUUGGUCCCAAUAGCAUCGCCAAGGAUAUCAAGUGGUUGCAGGAGGAGGGUAUUACUAUGAUUGCUGUAGCGAGGGAUGCGCGCAUGGCGGGGGUGAAGCUCAUGAGUGUUGAGAAGGCUGCCAAGACGCUCAACAUUGAGGUCCAAUACGUCGAUCUGGAAGGCAACGAUAAGCUGAUCAGUUCGUUCCCCGACAUUAUUCGGCUGAUCAACGACCAUCUUCUAUCCGUGUAUCACAGCCAAGCCAAGGGUCGGAACAAGAACGGCGAACUCCUCGUUGAUCCAAGCUCAUUCCGCCGCGGCAAAGUUCUCAUCACCUGCGAGACCGGCAACGACAGAUCAGCCGCCAUCGCCGCAGCCUACAUCAUGGCAGUCUUUGGAAAGGACAUGAUCACUGCAGUUCAAUUCAUCAGCAUCCAACGAUUUUGCUGCGCUUUCGACGAGGACAUCAAGCGAAAGCUGCAGUGCUGGGAGGACAUUUUACGGGCGCGCUCGCAAGUCGCUAUGGAGCAAGCUGUACUCCCCAAUGCCACACAUACGAAGCGACACAUUGACGAUUUGAUGGACACGAGUGAGGAUCCUAACGACAAGGGGGAGUUUGCGCUGGAUCAUGAUCGGUUCAAUGGACGAGGAUCGUUUGCGCCUUUCGUGGAUAUGUAGAGAUCACGGGUUGAUUGACUCGAGAUAGAGUAAAGAGGCAUGGCGUUUUGGACUGGUUUAGAUACCCUGUAUAAUUAUUGGCAAUGACAGCUUUUUAUAGCUGAUGCAUCUUACGGCAAUGGGAUUGUUUGUUUUGUAUUCGCUGUUUCUCAGGUCUCAAAGAUGUCGAGGGGUCUUCGGCUGUAUUGCUUAUAGAGCUAGACUUUAAUCUCAUACUAUUGUCUCGAA